GCCGGUGAAGAUCGUGCAGAAGCCAUUCGUAACUUUCUUACGAAGAGAGUGUACGGAUUUGGACCCGACCCGGGCAGACAUGGAUUCCGGCUUGAUGAUCGCUGCCACUCAACCGAUGAAAUCGUUCCUCGUAUCGGCCUCCGGAGAUCGUCGUCUCUCCGGCGAACUCAGGGACAUCGCUUCAGAUCUGCGCUCGAAGAACGCUGUUCCGUACAAAUUGUUCCGAGCUAUAUGGGCUGAAUCCGAUCCCUCGACCCGACCGGACCUGUUGGGACUCUUCAACGGCGCCGAUUUCGUCUUUACCAGUCCGAAACCUAGAGAAAAGAGCGAAGAAUUACAGAAGAGACUGCAGAAACUCAGAGAAUUAGCAGAGAGAAGAGAGUACCAAGAGCUUGUUAAGGAUAUAACACCAAAGAAGAAUGUCGAAGAGCCUUUCUCUUCUUACAAAGACCAGCUUGGUUUCGGUCUACACGUUGCUCUUGUAAUGUUCACCGGAUAUUUGCUUGGAUACGCUACUUUCAGAGCUCUGUUCAACCGUAAUGCAGCAAUGAGCGCUGCUGGUGGAGUUCUUGGUCUGGUUUUGGGGAUGCUUGUUGAGACGCUUCUGUUUAUAAUCAGAACAUCUAAAGUAGAUGAGAUUCAGAGUUCCAAGUCAUCAGCUUCCAAGGCAAAGAAGAAACAAUAGCCUCUGUUUUGUUUUUGUUCUGACAACGCAUUGUCAAGGGUAGACUUUGAUUGAAGGAGCCUUGUAGUGUAAGAUCAAAUUGCCAAGUGAUAUUUA